AUGGGUAUCCCAGGUCUCAUCAAUGCCCUUGGCAAAGGCGAUCGAGUCUCCCUUUCGAAAUUAGCAGUCUCUCACUUGGAGCGUACAGCAAGGCCGAUCCGAGUCGCAGUUGAUAUCUCUAUUUGGUUAUUCCAGGUUCAAGCUGGCCGUGGCGGAAAGAAUCCAGAACUACGUACAUUGUUCUUUCGACUUCUUAAGCUCCUCGCAUUGCCGGUUCACCCACUUUUCGUUUACGAUGGUCGCCAUAAACCUCCCUUCAAAAGGGGGAAGGCAGUCUCGGCGCGCAGUUAUGGCAAUGCGCCAAUCAUCCAGCGCUCAAAGGAUUUAAUUGAACGUUUCCAAUUUCCAUGGCAUGAGGCCCCUGGCGAGGCUGAGGCCGAAUGCGCAAGACUGCAGCAGGCUGGGAUCGUAGAUGCAGUGAUGAGCAACGAUGCUGAUACGCUCAUGUUUGGUUCAACGUGGACCAUCAUGAACUUCUCGAAGGAAAAGGGCACUGGUACUACUGCUGCAACCCAUGUCACCUGCUAUCGCAUUGGAACUGGGGAUCUUGUCUCGAACGUGCCUCUAGGCCGGGCAGGUAUGAUUUUAUUCGCCAUGCUUAGCGGAGGUGAUUAUCUGCCCGGAGGCGUCCCAAAGUGUGGGGCUAAACUAGCAAAGGAGAUUGCCCAAGCAAGCUUUGGUGAAGAUCUGCUCCAAGAGCUUGCUUCUAAUUCUCCAGAUAUCCAGACACGUAUUGGUGAAUGGCGCGAGCGACUGCAAUACGAACUGGAUGAAAACGAGAGCGGCUACUUCACGACAAAGCACAAGGCAGUUCGGAUCCCCGAGGACUUCCCCGAUCGACAAAUUCUCGAGUAUUAUGCUGAGCCAAAAGUCUCCACCGAGGAGGAAAUGUCUAUUCUCAGGCGUCGUCUGAGACAAGCCUGGGAUAGAGAAAUUGAUACCUUCGCCAUUAGGACCUAUGCAGCCGAGCAUUUCGAAUGGAAUUAUCGUUCGGGUGCCAGGAAGAUUAUCAAACAUUUGGCUGAGCCUCUAGUUUCUUACAGGCUCCGUCUCCAACGGCCUGUCUCAGGGCUCUCAAGUGGCAACACAUUGGCUCCUGACUGUGAUGACCCUUGGCUUCAGAAGAUUUAUCGAAGUCGAGCCACUUUUGGUACUGAUGGUAUGACUGAGCUACAGACGGAUAUGCUGCCGAUCGAUGUGGUUGGCAUUGAUUUGCUCGCCGAAGAACCGACCCCUCUCCCUCCAGUCCAAGAGACCGGUCCUUCGGAAGAGGUGCUUGAAGAGGAUGAUGAAGAUGAUCCCGAAAUCGCAGUUGGUGAACCCCCUUCAACGCCUUCAAAGACCCCCGCGAGAAACCGAUAUGACCCCCUUGGGAUUGUUAAGAUCUGGGUUUUCGAGACAGUUGCCAAACUCGGUGUCCCUGAUGUUGUGAAGGCCUGGAAUGACGAACAAGCCGCAAAGGAGGCAGCAAAGGCCAGCAAGGCUGCGUCUAAGCCUAAAAAGCCAACUACACGCCGCACAGGCCCCAGAAAGAAGGGGCCUAUUGACCCGAAUAUGAAGCAUGGUAGUAUCCUGAAAUAUGGAACCAUGACCAAGGAUAAAUCCGAGCUUUCGCAGUCCAACAAGAAGCAUAUGCUUGUAGCAGCAUCCUCGCAAUCGUCAGUGGUCUCGGCCAAGGAAUCACCUGGAUUCAAGACGCCACCUUCAUUUGCGGAAAGCAUCGACUUGGAGACUGAUUUCCCUCCCCGCAUGUAUUCCCAACAGCAAACGUACGACGCCUCCCAUGAUGUUGAUGAUCUCAUUGACUCAUUCUCCUCCUUAGUUACCACAUCACCGCCAAAGAUUAAACGACAUCCUCUGGCAGGACAAACCCCAGCCCCAGUUCGGACUCGAAUUUCUGCCACUGGGGAAGCUGAUAUUGAUGACCCCGGCUUCCGCAUCUUUCAUCCAUUGGAUCAAUUGGACUCCCCGCUCUCAAAGGGGCUCAAGAUAAGCUAUUCGGUCUCCACUUCUAAGACCUCGGAUGCAAAGGUCACUGCGCGGAACUUAACAGCAUCAUCGCCCAAAAAGCAGGCCUACGACAAAGCGAAGAAGGCAACAAAACCUAUCGAUAUCGAGGAAACCCCCCCGUGA